UCCAGGCAGAAGUGCUGCAGCUUCGUAGACUUCACUUUGUUCUUGCUGGAACAAAAACAGCAAUGUUUGUUUCUGCGCUCAGCUUCAUUUUGCUCUUAGGAGCUUCUCGUGCUUCUGACACCGUGGUUCCUGCCCAGCUCGGCCCACCGUCGCUCAGGUUCCGUUCCUCGGUCCGCUCGGUGUGCAAACCCAUCCCGAGCACUCUGUCCCUGUGCCACGGGAUCGGCUACAGGCACAUGCGGGUCCCCAACUUGCUCGGCCACGACACGCUGAAGGAGGCCCAGCAGCAGUCGGCGGCAUGGCUGCCCCUCAUCUCCAAGCUGUGCCACCGGGACACCAAGAAGUUCCUGUGCUCGCUGUUCGCUCCGGUGUGUCUUCCGGAGCUCAGCGGGCCGGUCAGCCCCUGCGGGAGCCUGUGUGAGGCCGUGCGGGACGGCUGCGUGCCCGUGAUGAGCGCGUUCGGAUUCCCCUGGCCGGAGAUGUUCAACUGCACCCGCUUCCCGCGCGGGACCGAACUCUGUAUCCCGGCAACCGGAGAGCACGAGGUGCGGACGGCGGAGGAGGUCAGGCGCGAGGAGGCGUUGAAAGGAAGUGUUAUCUGUGAUGCUUGCAGUCUGGCUGCUGAAGGAGAGACUGACAUCCAGGAAAACUUCUGCCACAGUUCAUAUGCAUUUAAAAUGCGCCUGGGCAGUGUGUCAACGGUGGGAGGGGACCGUCAGCUGGUGCCUACGGCCCGCAGCCGCAUCCUGAGGUGGGCAGGGGGAGGUGCAGAGAGGGCAGAAGGGGUCGGAGGCGCAAUGGCCCACAGUGCUUUGUGGCUGCAUGAGGGAGGCACCUGUACUUGUCCUGGCUUAGACUCUGCAGAGACAAAUGAAGACAAGGGAUUAGAGGAUGAACCGAUGGAUAAGAAACAAGAAAAGGACAGGGGAAAGGAGGGGAAUGGGGCCCGGGGUGGAUGGUACCUGGCCCUGGCUCAGGCUGAAGAGGGAAGACUGGUGCUGACUCGACUCGUGAGGUGGACCAGGGGUGACAAAGAGCUGAAGAAGUUCAUCAGAGUCCUGCUUAAACAGUCUUGUCCAGAUCUGUAGACAGGGAGUUAUCAGGCAUUGUGGUCCUGCCCCAUGGACAAUGCUUUGUGGCCAAUGCAGUGUGUAACUGCAACUUCACAGAGUUACCAAAAAUGAGUAAGGAAUAGAUGUUCAGCUAAAAAUUGGUUCCCAAAUAACACUGAAUAAAUCACUCGAGUGCAGAUUCUUAGAUACUAUGUAAAUGAACCAGUACCUAAAGAUUAGUUCAUGUGUAAAUCUGCAUACUGGCCACUUUCUUGAUAAUUUGUUCCUGAUUAACUCUGAAUAACCAAUCAAGUCUUCCUUACUAAGUACACAUUAUUUUAUGUACCAUAUUAUUAGUCCAUGAAUAACAAAAGAUAGAGCUACAAAUUAGCCAAUAAUUCUGGAAAUCUCACACAAACAGUGAUGGUGAUCUUUAUUCUAAAAGUUACUGCACAUACAAAGGUUGAUAUAACUCCAACUAGGGCAAUAUUUGUGUGUGUUUUUUGUACUUUUGUGUACAUUUGUGUAUAUAGAGGAGACAAAAUGUAACCCUUUAUUCAAUGUCAAGGUGUUGAGUAGUUUUAGUCGUGGUUUCAGGGGUGAUCUCAUCACAUAUUUGGGAUGAAGCAGUGUAACUGUUGUUAUUUCUGUAAUGAUAAAAUAUUUUCUUUCAUAUACAUUAAGCAUGCACCAUAAAUAUAAUAGACCAAGAACAUUAUACACAUGUUAGGAUGCUAUAAUCUCAUAUUACAUCAAGCCACAUCUGCAGAGAAGCACUGAAACAAAAGAAAGGGACUGCACAUAGAACAUUUAUGUCCUAUUGUUGCAUUUUAUGACAUUUAUUUGUACAACAACAACACGAUUCUAC